GUAGUUAGGCGGCACUGCAAUUGGUGUUCGCAGGGCUGGGAGACUUCUAGAAGGGGAUUUUUGUAACUGUCGCCGGCAGAUCUCGGGCGCUGUUUUGGGAAUGCAGUACUCUGUCCUCUGUUUUUUGGCUUAAGAGGACAGCACCAGGGAUAAAUUUAAUCGAAGUCGACUUGAUAUUUUAACAACCUGGUAAAAAGCAUCAGCAACACUCUGGGACAUCAACAUUCGUUUAACCUCUCUGCAGCUCAAAACCAAGCUAUUGAUUUAUAUUUUAAAAUGGCAGAAAGCAAGCAGCCUCAAGUCAUUUUUUGUGAAGACUCACCGAAAAGAGUUUUGGUAUCUGUUAUUAGAACAACACCUAUUAAACCGAAGAAAACAGAAACUCUGAUGCCGACUAGUCCAGGAUUCAGCGAUUUUAUGGUGUAUCCUUGGAGAUGGGGGGAAAACGCGCAUAAUGUAACGUUGAGCCCCGGAUCUAUAAGUGGGGCUGCCUCUCCAACCGGCAGCAACACUGGAGGAGUCGAUGGAGAUGCAGGACUGAGUCCUGAUCAUCUAAAAGAUGGUAUUCGACGAGGGCGUCCACGUGCUGACACAGUCAGAGAACUGAUAAAUGAAGGCGAGAAUUCCUCUAGCCGCAUCCGCUGUAACAUUUGCAACCGGGUGUUUCCACGGGAGAAGUCUCUGCAGGCGCAUAAGAGAACACACACAGGUGAAAGGCCUUAUGUGUGCGAUUAUCCAGACUGUGGAAAGGCUUUUGUCCAAAGUGGGCAAUUAAAAACCCACCAGCGUCUUCACACUGGAGAAAAGCCAUUUGUGUGUUCGGAAAAUGGUUGUGGAAGUAGAUUUACACAUGCAAACCGUCACUGCCCAAAGCAUCCCUAUGCUAGGCUGAAGAGGGAGGAGCCUUCUGCAGGGCAGGGAAGCUCUGAGGCUGCAGAUAACAAGGCUGUUGCUGAGUGGCUGUCAAAGUAUUGGCAGACACGGGAGCAGCGUAUUCCUCACCCAAAAAUAAAAGGCCUUCAGAAAACUGAUCAAGAGCAACAGGAUCCUCUAGAAUACCUACAGUCGGAUGAAGAUGAAGAAGAGAUAGAGUUGGCUGAAGAGAAGACCAGUGUGGCUGCACGGAGACGCCUUCAAGAGCAGAGAGAGCGCCUUCAUGGGGCAUUGGCCCUUAUAGAGCUUGCUAACCUGUCUUCGGCACAGCUGCGUCCCUAAGUAUGAACCUGCACACAAUUAUGUCCUACUACAUCCCCAAAAAAUAGUAUGUUGGGGAAAGUGGACAAAAGCUGAAGCACCUUAUUUUUGCUUUACUUUUUAGGCUGCUAUUAUAUAGAUUAUUGUAACAUGAAGAAUGUUGCCCCUCCCCCAAUUUUUGAAGCAAGUGGAGAAGGGGAUGCAAGGUUGUGUGUGUGUGUGUGUGUGUGUGUGAUUUUUUUUUUCUCCAUUUUUUUGCACUUUUGAUGAAGACUGUAAUACAAUUGUUGUAAAUAUUGGUUUUGAAAAGAAGAUUUUGCUUAGGGCACAUAUAAACAAUAAAUCAAAUUGCAACAGGAAAAUAUGACUUUUGCAAGCCUAACAACUAUUAUGAAGCACUUCUGUAAUGUUGGAUUUAUAGUGCCAACCCACACAACAUUUAUAUUCUUUGCUCAACAGAUUUUACCAAUUUGAUAUUUUGUGAUGUAUGGUUUUAAUUUUCAUGUCAAUAUUGACAUUCAUCAUUCCCAGUAAUGGAUAUUUCUGUUAACACAGAAAUCCUGUCUUUGACUGAAUUAAAUGGCUUUUAUUUUACUUAUUUUUCUUAAAACAAAACACUUCAGACUUUCACCAUGUAUCAGCACUGGUUUAUUUAUGAUUGUUUUAUUUUAAAGACCUUCUGGUAGGUUACAAGGGUAAACCCUCAUAAGCUGAUAUGUAUAGGUUUGCUUAUCUCUCUAUGAUGUAUGCUUGCUAUUUAAAACCAGAUCUCUUAAUAUUUCCCCAUAUAAAUCAAUAAUGAUACUAAACAUAUUUUCACUUUCUUUGUAUUCUUCUAAAAACAGCACUAAAUUCAAGUAUUUUAUUAUAACAAGAUAUUAAAACUCCCAUCAGUGGAGCAUCUUAAUGCUAACUCUUCUAAGUGCUGCAAACUGUAAGCCAUCUCCCAGUUAAGUUUAGCCCCCAAAUGAUUUGCACUUUGCAUUAGAUGUCUCGCACCUAUGCUCGUUUAGAUUAUUAAGCUAUCAAGGCUGUUAAUAGUUUGGUGUUUAUAUUAAAUAAAAUAUAGCUUUAUUUUUUUUAAAUGGGACACCUCUCAGGUGUAGCAAGUGUUGUAUGAAUAUAUUCUUUGACAGUAAUUUGUUAUUUAUGUGUAACCAGGUGGCCUUUGAAAUAAAUGUAGUUAACAGUUUUAAGUAUUUGGAAGAAAUAAAAAGUUUUAUUGUAUUUUUUUUUCUUUUUUUCUUUUUCAAAAGAGCACCUUAUUCUUUAAUUACAGCUCAGGUUUUUGAGCUCUUAGUGAGUCUAUUUUGGUCCAUCCAUAUUUUAAUACAUACUUCAAGUGGGCCUUCGAUAUAUUUAUAGUUGAAAAUAUAUGCAAAGAUAUAUGUUCAGUAGUAUAACUUUAAUAUAAGUUAUUACAUAUGUGAAAUUCAUUUGACAAGAGCCUUUUUAUUGGCAGGAUGAGAAGCAAGCAUACCUUCAGACAUAACACAUCCUGGCACUUGCUUUCCCCAGGUUUUUAGCAUUGGUGAUUUUUAAAUAUUUAUUUAUUUCACUUGUUAUGCUAUUGAUGGGGAAUACAUUAACAUUUAUACAGCAAAAGUGGUUAGGCUUGCAAAGUCAUUUAACUGAUAUGUUUAUAUGCGCCCUGUUAUGAGAAAUGGCACUUGUUUUGUGUGUUAUUAAUAAAGGAUAUUUGGAGAAGGUGUAGAAAUGGGAGGCUAAGCUAUUUUUGUGUGAAACACUAAAUGUUGAAUUUUUGAAUUUUUACAAGUUGGGAAGUUGGGGAGGGGGGUAUUAAAGCUGUCCAGUUAAAGACUAGGCUCUUUGUUUGUAUUACAAAGCUACUGCUUUGGAGUUUUGCAUUACCUUGUGGCAUAAAGCAUUUUUUGUGUUUAGUACUGGAGACCUGCAAAGUCAUGUUUCUAGAGAUUUGUUUUUCUUUUUUUUGGUAAAAAAACUUUUACUUUGAAAAGUAAUUUUCAAAAAUAAAAUAAAAAUCUUUAUAUUUCAGUGCAAGACCAACAAAAUUUAAUCAAAUAUUACAAUGCAAAGAAUGUUCAGUCCUGUUUAGUAUCAUGUAUGACUUCAACAGGCUUUAAAGUGUUAAUUUCUUGUUCAUCUGUGCUUAGGUUCUGAAUUUUUACUUCAGCAGAACUGUAUUGUAAUUUCAUUUUAUACUGAAGAAUUUGAAGUAUAAAAACCCCAAAAUAAUGUAUACAUUUUAAAAAUUGUAUUUACUUCAAAUUUGUCUUAAUUCAAACUUAAUAUUGAAUUGUUUUUAUAAUUUUAAAGCAUCAACCUUGUGCACUGAGUAUUGAUUAUAUUUUGAUUUGUAAUUUUGUUUUUUUUUUGAAAUUAUACUGUAAAUUUCAACUGUUCGGUUAAUGUUUGAAUUGUAUACACGUGCUUUUAAUAUACAGGCGCUUAUGCACUUGUUAAACGUUGCUUUAUUUGUUUUGAUAUUGGUAGAUAUCUAUAUCUCACCAAUGGAAUUAAGUCUCCAGACUGAAUCUGCUUUAGUUUUUUAAAUUAGCAUAUAAUUUAUGUUUAGUGCUUUAAUAAACUAAAAAUGCAAGGAUGUCCUAGAACAUGCUUCUUUUUAAUGGUACCAUCC